GUCGCCUUCAAGCCUCUUACCGUAUGUUUGCGUUAUCUCAGAUUCGACCCAGACCCUUUGGGAGCAAUGAUGUUCCAGCGAUUUUAAUGCGAAGCUUGACCACCAAUCGAGCACACAAGCAUAGAAGACUUGGUGGAGGUAUUCGAGAGGACAGACCCACUCCAUCUCAAAACGCGCAACGAGUACGUCUCUCAAAAACAAUUUCAUGGCUUCUACGGCAUGGCGCAGAAGGAAACGGACUUCCCAUUCGGUCUGAUGGUUUUGUAAAGGUGAAGGACUUGCUGAAAACGGCAGAACUACGCGAGUUGGAUUUUACGACACUUGAAAAGGUGGUUGAGAUGGAUGAAAAACAACGUUUCACAAUUUCAUACGAGCCACAUACAGGGGCACCAGGAUCGUCUUCGCAACUGGAACACUGGUGGAUAAGGGCGAAUCAAGGGCAUUCGUUGACAAGCGUUGUUGACCUUGAACUUAAACGGCUCAAAUCUCCGGAGGAUGUGCCUAUGGCAAUACAUGGAACAUCAGCACAGGCUUGGAAAACAAUAGCUACCGAAGGUCUAUCGAGAAAGAGUCGUAAUCACAUACAUCUAGCCCAAGGCCUGAUAAAGGACGGUAUCAUCAGUGGCACUCGGAGUGGGGUAAGAGUCCUAAUUUAUAUCGACUUGGAAAAGGCCAUGUCCGAUGGCAUUAAGUUCUAUCUCUCAUCGAACGGUGUCGUCUUGACGGAAGGUGAAAAUGGCAUCCUGAAGCCGAAAUACUUUCGCAAAGUAGAGACUCUUCGGAAGACCUAUCAGCCAAUGCCUGGAUGGGAAGGAAAUGUUGAUGACAACGAGAGGAUCCAGGAUUUUGUUAAUGGCACAGAUGAACCCCCUCCUGUGACCAGCGCCAGGCCUCCAGUCAAACCCACCCCGCAGACGAAUAAUGGGCCACAUAAGAUUCAAGAUGGCAUUACAUUCCUGUAGCGAAAAAAGGACGGCUAGCGAGAAGUAUUGUUGGGUCCAUGUCGAGAGUUUUACUAGAAGCAUGUGUUCCGGUUUUUCAUGACAUACAGACCCUCACCCUCACCGUAACGCUUUACCAGCGAGAACUGGUGGAAUAGUUCGGGUAUCAAGGCCACGAGUUGUUACUUUUCGGAUCGUUUCCGUGGCGGAUCCCUCGAGAACACCAAGCGGUAUUUAUACUUCGUCGAGACGUUCAAUGAAUGUUCCUCAGUGUGGAUCUUGGCAAGAU